AGUGGCUUUUCCAGUGGUGGUGGCGCAGGGCGGUUCGCGGUCGGCGCGAUCACGAGAGGUAGUGGUGUUUGGUCGAGAGGUGAACUGCAAACUGAGAGAAGGAUUGAUUGCUGAUCUGAGUGACCGGACUUUUCUCGGCUGAUGGCGCCGCCGCCGCUGCGGCGUUCCGGCGCCCCUCAGGUGCCGGCCCAUGCCGUCACUGAGGACACGCCGGCUGACAUGCUGACCGGACAGAUGAGCCUCAGCGUGCUGCUGCCCGACGGGCGACACUGCCGGAUGAACGUCGACAGGGGGACGCCCAUGAUGGACCUGCUGAUCCAGGUGGCCACGGCCAAUAAGAUCAGUCCGGGCGGUCACGUGAUCCAGGUCAUCUCCGACCGCAGUCACAGCUGUCUCAGCUACAAGCCCAGCACACCGAUCGGGACUUUGGACACCACCGCUCUCCGUAUCGUGCCGAAAAACAAGAUCAACGAACUUCCCAGUCGGCGGACUAAGCCGCCUCCCCAGAACCCGAUGGCCGAUGCCAAAAUUCGCAUCAAGGUGUACCUUCCGCGAAAUCAGCUCUCAGCGAUGAGGGUUUCACCGAAAACGCCGCUAGCUGAGGUUCUGGAUCAGAUCUGCAAGGACAAGAACCUGGACGUCUCCCGCUACGAGCUGCGCCACCCCGUGAAUGUAGACGAGCGACUUCGACCGAGUUGCUGCCUGGCCGACUACAAGCUGCAGGAGGUCACUGUGGUGCCUCUCAACAGUCGCACCAACACGGUUUUGUCCUCAGCAGACAUUAUCGCCAUGCAGAAGAAAUCUGAUGGGAAACGUAAAAUCUUCGCCAUCUUUGGCAAAAAGAGCAAACCGUCUGUGAUCGAGAGCACCGCCUCCUCGGACAGCCUCGGGGAGCGGUCCGUGUCACCAGACGGCUCAGACGAGUCGGCCGACCGACCGCGCUCACUCAGUCCUCAGCCGCCUCAGGUCAUCCAGGCGCCGCCGCGGGCCAAGAAAAGGGCCGCUCCCAAACCGCCGCAAGUCAAUGGGUCGGGUACCGGUCGUGGCGGCCCGCCGCCGGCAGCCGCCCCCGCCCCCGCCCCCGCCCCCGCCCCGGUGGCCGCCCGACCGCCCAGUGAGCUGUCUGAGGGAGCCGAGUCGGUGGAGUCUCGACACAGCUCCGACAGCUCCGGAUACCACGAGGCCGGGCUCAGCGACGCCCCCGACAGUCCAACGGAGCGGGCGCCCGUGUCUACACAGCCGCCCUCCAACCUGGGAUCAGUCACAUCGUACUCGACAUCGAACCUGGUCACCUCCAACCUGACCCAGGUCAACUCAACGUCGACCGUCUCCCUGUCAUCGGCCAUUCGAAAACGACGGGCGCCACCGCCUCCAGCCAUCCCUCGCAUCGCCGAGGACCCCCAGUCGCCCCCGCCGCGACAGACGGCCGCCGCCGCCGCCCCCGCAGCCACAGCCUCCGUAGCCAGUCAACCCGUAGAGCAGCAGCCCCGGCAGUCAGAGGAGGUCGAGCCGUCGCCGGGGUCGCCCAGGUCGUCCGCCUCCAGCCCGGAGCGGACACGGCUCAAGGCGCCGCUGAGACAGGACUCAGGCACCUCCUCUACGGAGACACUGACUGCUGAGAGCGCGGCCGGCUCCGACCCGGCCCCGGCCCCGGCCCCGGCGCCGGUGGAGGAGACUGGUAAGAAGGAGGUGUCGGCACCGGCGGCAGACAGCGUGCGGACGGAGACGGCGGAGACGGAACAGACCAGCAGCGGACCUGCGACGACGGAAAGGAGCGUGGAUCAUCCAUCACCCUCACCGAAAAAUGAACCUGAAACAACAGAAGACGAUACGAAGACUGAGCUCGAAACUCCAACUCCGCCGAGUGAGCUUGUUGAAGAGAAAUCCUUGUCGAAUACCGUGUCAGAACCCCCAGCUGUGGUUACACCUGAGCCUGAGCGGCCCACAGUUCCGGAGCCUCCCCCAACUCAAGUGACGCCUGCUGCGACUCCAGCGGCAGCCCCGAGCUCUGAGAGCGAGCCGGAGGUCUCAGUCCAACCACCACCUUCCAGCCCAACGCCGGCUCCGGCGGCCGAACUUGCACAGACCACGGAGCGUGCUAAGACCGUGACACCCCCACUCACUGUCGAAGAGUCCCUGCCCCAGGAGGUCGUACCCGCCGUCCGUGAUGCCCCUCACACCGAGACCGCUGCUCCAACAGUCACUGAGACCUCAGCUCCAGUCGUAUUGGAAGCUCCGGCAGCUUCUGCACGAGCUGUGGAAGCUUCUGAGACACCAGCAGCUCCGGCUGUCGAUGCUGAAACUCUGCCGGUUGAGUCGCGUCAGAAAGAGUCUACCCCUGCCCCGAUAGCUGAGCCAAAGCCUGAGAUGAGAUCCCCGGAGCCAGCCCAUACAACCGAGCUUUCAGAGGAGGACGAUGAGACUGCGCUGCUUCAGCGAGAGGUGGACUCUGCUCUGUCAUGUCUGGACCUGGACCUGGAUGAAGCAUUGGCGGAGUCGGCUGCCUUCACAGAAAGCAGCAGUCUUCAGACGCAGAGCCGCCUCCCGCCGACAGAGACAGAGACGGAGGCGGAGACGGAGACGGAGGCGGAGACAAGUCAGGAGACUGAGGCGGAGACGCUGCCAGUGGUGGUCCGGGAGACGGCUAAGGCUGCGCUGGAGACGCCGGAGCCGGAGCAGCCGCAGAGAACGGUUCUAACUUCCCGACAAACUGUGCAGGAGACCCGAGAGGUGAUCGAAACACUGUUACCGGUGGCGCGCGUGACGGAAUCCAAGGCGGUGCCGUCCCCUACGCUCCCCACGGCGACGGUUAGAACACAGAGUGAGGAAGUGAUCACUGUUACAGAACGUCAGACGACAGCGCCAUCUACUGAGACGACCAGAGAACCCGCGGCGCCGCAGCCGACUCAGACGGCGAGGGCUGCCGAGAGGACUGAACAGAGCGUGGAGUCGGUGGCGGCCAAACGACGCACGCCGAAACUGGGCGCCACCAGCCGUCAACAUCCGGUGGAAGUGGAGGAGGAAGUCGUCGUGGAGCGGGUGGAGAAGGUGCAGCGGAACAGGAUGACCCCCAAGGACAUCAAGCUGCACAUCGAGCGGAAGCUGGCCUCAUUUGAUCAGCCUCCGCGCUCUCCGUCCCAGCCGAGUCAGCUGAUCAGUCCCCCGACCUCCGCCCCGGCCGCGGGCGGCGCUGACUCCCCGGACUGGCAGUACCGGCUGCCGGAACCACCUACUCCCUUCCAAGACCCCGCGACCUCGGCCGGUCGCACUGCACCCCUGGAGGCUCCACUGGAGUUCCAGGACAACAUGACGGUUACCUCCAGCGAGCCCAGUGAAGCUGGAGAGUUCGCGGAGGCCACAAAUGCACCACUGGUCGAGCGGGUCGGUCGCUCUGACCCGGCCCGACCGACGACCGACCAAUCAGAGGCCGCCCCGGCGAGCGGCAGCCAAUCAGAGGCCGCCCCGGCGAGCCGCGACCAAUGGGACGGCGGCCGGUCCGAGCGGCCCGCCAAACCCGAGAGGCGCCGCUCCAGCGAGCGGCUGGCGCGUCAGAUGAGCUUCUCGAUCGGAGCGUACAGUCAGCGGGAGCCGACGGGGACGGAGGGUAGUGGAUCUGCUGGCCGGCCGCAGAGAGCUGACUCGUUCCACUGUCAGAAAACCACCGCCGUCAGCGCGUCUCAGGUGACCUCCGGUGCCGUCUCGUCUACCGCCGAUCCGGCCGGCCCGGAGAUGACCGCGCGGCGGCCCGUCAGCCGGCGGCGCAGCUCGGACGCCGCGGCCGGGUCACGGGGUCAGAGGUCAGCCGAGACGGACCGACCCGCGGCCGCCGAGCCGGUCCGGCCGCCCAGGAAGUACGAGUUGAAGUUCAACAGCUCCAAGUCGUACUCCAUGCUGAACCUGAGUAACGGUGGUCUGACCAUGCCCGCCGAGCGACCGUCGCCAAACAUGAACAAAACGCAGAGCCAAACCGAUCUAGCAAUGGAGAGCGAGGUGAGCGACAUCCAGUCUGAGUUCCUGAAGCUGCAGCGCCAGUUCCUGCACUGGCAGCAGCAGCUGCUGCAGAACCAGUCGAUCUUACAGACCAAGGUGGCUCCGCUGGCCGCCCGGCCGUCAGCCGCCGCCAGUCUGCAGAGUCUGGAGGUACGCAGGCCGUCCGAGCCCCUGCCGCCUCCACCGCCAGUCUGUGUGGAGAGCGUGGCGAGACGGCGGCCGUCGGCACAGGACGAGUCCCCCCGCCGGCGACGGCAGGCGCCGACCCCGCCGACACCGAUACAGCUACCGCCGACACCGGUGUCACCUCCGGCACCUUUGACACCGGCUCACCCGCCGGAGGGUCGCGACACGCCUCCUCCGGCUGUGCCCGCGCCGGAGGAGUUCAGCUCGCCUUCCCCUGCUCCGCCGGCGGAGCCUAGCACGUCUUUCUCUCCAGUUCUUCAGAGCACGUCUUCGCCCUCUGUCUCGGCACCGCUGCCCGGCGCCGUCUCUGGCCCAUCUGCGGCACUCAGCUCGUCUUUGACUGUCUCUCUAUCACCCAGCACGUCUCAUGUCCUUCCCGUGGAUCAGAGCACGACUCCACAGGUCCAGAGCACGCCGCCACAGGUCCGAAGCACGCCGCCCGUGGUCCGGAGCACGCCGGUGGCCGUGCACAGCACGCCUCUGGCCUCUGUGGCCGCCGUGCGGGCCAGCCGGCCGACCGGGCGCCGACGCACGCCGCCGCCCGUUCCGGCCAAACUGAGCCCUCAGCAACUGGCCAGUCGUCGCAGACAGGUGAUUGAGGAGCUUCGCCGCCGAGUCCCGGAGCAGGAGGAAAGCCCGGACCCGCCGGCCGACUACUCUGGACGCUCCCAGUCUCUGCCGCGCGGCUCCAGCCUCCAACACCCCAAACUGAGCCUGGCCGCCGAGCAGCGGCGCUCCGAGCCGGAACCGGAGCUGGAGAGGGAGAGGGAGCGGGAGCCGGAGAGAAGCACCGCCCGGACCCGGGAGCGGGAGAGGACCCCGCCGCGGCAGCGAGCGUCCACACUGGAGCGGAGGCAGGAGUCUGAGCCGGAGCCGACCCGGCAGAGGGCGUCGACUCUGGAGAGGAGGCCCUCAGAGACCAGAGCUGAGAAGCGAGUGCCGUGGUCGCCUCCGAAGGUAGCGCUGGGCACAUGGGCGGAGCAGUCCCGACAGAGUCAGGUGCAGCUGAAGGAGGACCGCGACUACGUGCUGCGCCAGGGCCCGCCGCCGCAGUCUCAGCAGGCGGCCCCUGAGCCGACCUCCGAGCAGGCCACCCGCCGGCCGACGGCCGUCUCCGUCCGGCCCAGUAAGAGUGUGACGGUCACCUCUCUGGGAGCGCCCCCGCCGCCGGUGGGGGUCCCACUGCCUCAGCCGGCGCCGCAGCCCGUCAACGGCCAGCAGAGACUCUCGGCAGUCGCCAAGGUGCGACACAACGAGUCUGUACCGGCUCCGACGGCCGUGCUAUCGUCAGCGGUGAGGGGACCCUCGACCCGCCAGCCGCCAGCGUUCUCCAUCUCCGACUCGAAGCCGUCUCAGCCGGGCCGCGGCGUGGCGGCGGCAGCGGCGGCCGGCCGGUUCACCUCAGUCGUCUCGCUGACUGAUGAACCUCGCCAGCCACUCUCAGUAUCAGUCCAGGUGUCCAAGACGGCGGCCCGGGUGGGCGCAGCGACUGCGGCGGCGCGGCCCGCCGAGUCCACCACAGUCACCUGCCGCGUGUCGCCGCCCGACCAGACUGCAGCGCAGCCGAGGACGGUGCCGAGUGUGGUGAGCGUGACCAGGAAGGAUUCGGCCACCUCCACGGAGCUGUCUGCCCGACAGGCGGCGUCGGAGGUGUCGCGCAGGAGCCGGAACCAGCCGGUCGUCAAAGGUUUCCGUCAGCCGGAGGUGCCGGCGCCGGUGCCGCCCCCGCCGCCGCCGCCGGCUCCGGUGCUACCGGCGGCGUCCGAGGCGGCAGCGGGCCGCGCGCGUCUCAAACCUGUCUCGGCCGGCCGGCCAGUGGUCCCCAAACUGAACCCUCGAGAGGAACUGAUGAUUGCUAUUCGGGAACACGGCGGACUGAAGAAACGGGGAGGAGUGCGACCUUGAGCGACAGACUGGAUCAGAGUGCAAUAUCCGUAUAGUGAGUGAGAGGCCGGCUGUCUGUCCGGCCGGUCAGUGCCUUCAUGGACGUCCCGCCGGAGCUGGGAGCGGUCAGCACGGUCUGCUGGGACAGCCGAGUGCUGGCACUGGCGUCCCGUGUCCGGCUGAAGUUCGACCGAAGUUCCAGAGCGCUAUCCGCAGGCCGGAGCGGCCGCCAAUGCAGCUGAACAGUGAACACUGAACAUGUACCCGCCUGACUCCGAGUCCGAGUCCGGUGACUCGGCGCGCCUCUGAGUCGCUGGAGGCCCGCCGUGAUCACCAACGGACCUGCCGCGCGCGCAGCUCAUUUUAGAGCUGCCAGUUAUCGCCCCAUGUAGUCCGCCACAACCGCCGCCGAGCGCCUUCAGCCGCUAUGUCCCGAUAUAUACCGGUGCUGUGAAGCGCCGAGCGCGGUCAGUUCGAGUCGCGGCCGCCAGGUGUCGGCCCUGCGCCGCUGCUUUCCGCCGCCGCCGCCAGGGGCGCCACCGUCGCCGGCGGCCGCGGCCUCCAGUGCUCACAUUUAUGUAACGGUCGCGCCGCGCCCGCCGCCGCUGCUGCCGCUGCUGCUGAUACUUUUCGAGGCCGUACUUAUGUUUAUGUGAUACGUGGGUGAGUGCGUGGGUGUGCGUGUCGAGUGUAGCCCGUUGGCCGUGUGUUUUGGUAAGGCGCUGGGGCCGGCUUGGGAAUGGUUCACCCUCGACCACCCCUCCCCGCGGCCCCGGCGCCAUAACCCUGUUAUACUACCACUAAUCCAGUGUUAUUAUUGAAAUGUAUAUGCGACAAGCCAUAAUAAAUAUAUUGCAAUGAUU